CCCUCCCAGCAACGGGCCUGGCGGCAAAGCGGCCAUAAACUCAGGAGGCGGAGCCGAGACGGAGUCUGGACUGAGCGCUAACUCCAGGACCAGGGUCAGGUCUUCGUCACAGCGGCCAUCCCGGGCCCAGCCUCGUCCUCCUCCAUCCCCGCAAGAAGGGGCCGCAGCCCGAGAGCACAAUAGGCCGGGACCGGACCGGGGACACCAGAGCGGGGCUGCCUGGCGGAGAGGCGAGCUCCUGCUUUCCGGGAGCCUGGGGCCCAGGUGUCAGUUUGUCCUAAAGCCAAGAGACGGCAGAUUGCAGUGCUCCCCACACCCCAACCACAUCCCCAGGCUGGACCGGCCGCAGCUCGAGCCCCGUCAGGACACAGGAUCCAGGUUUAAAUUUUUGAAAUUGAAAUAGGUCUACACACUAGGAACUCAUGUCUUUUCUUGUAAGUAAACCAGAACGGAUUAGGCGGUGGGUCUCGGAAAAGUUCAUUGUUGAGGGCUUAAGAGAUUUGGAACUAUUUGGAGAGCAGCCUCCGGGUGACACUCGGAGAAAAACCAAUGAGGCGAGCUCAGAGUCGAUAGCAUCCUUCUCUAAACAAGAGAUCAUGAGUAGCUUUCUGCCAGAGGGAGGGUGUUAUGAGCUACUCACCGUUAUAGGCAAAGGAUUCGAGGACCUGAUGACAGUGAACCUAGCAAGGUACAGACCAACAGGAGAGUACGUGACAGUACGAAGGAUUGACCUAGAAGCUUGUUCCAACGAGAUGGUGACAUUCUUGCAGGGGGAGCUUCAUGUCUCUAAACUGUUCAACCAUCCCAAUAUUGUGCCAUAUCGAGCCACCUUUAUUGCAGACAAUGAACUGUGGGUUGUCACAUCUUUCAUGGCAUAUGGUUCUGCAAAGGAUCUCAUCUGUACACACUUCAUGGACGGCAUGAAUGAACUGGUGAUUGCUUACAUCCUGCAGGGGGUGCUGAAGGCCCUAGACUACAUCCACCACAUGGGCUACGUACAUAGGAGUGUCAAAGCCAGCCACAUCCUGAUCUCCGUGGAUGGGAAGGUCUACCUGUCUGGUUUACGCAGCAACCUCAGCAUGAUCAGCCAUGGGCAGCGGCAGCGUGUGGUCCACGAUUUCCCCAAGUACAGUAUCAAGGUUCUGCCUUGGCUCAGCCCAGAGGUCCUCCAGCAGAAUCUUCAGGGUUAUGAUGCCAAGUCUGACAUCUACAGUGUGGGAAUCACAGCCUGUGAACUGGCCAAUGGCCAUGUCCCCUUUAAGGAUAUGCCUGCCACCCAGAUGCUGCUGGAGAAACUGAACGGCACAGUGCCCUGCCUGCUGGACACCAGCACCAUCCCCGCCGAGGAGCUGACCAUGAGCACCUCACGCUCGGGAGCCAACUCGGGCCUCAGUGAGAGCCUGGCCCCCAGCACCCCCAGGACCUCCAAUGGCGACUCGCCUUCCCACCCCUAUCACCGCACAUUUUCACCCCACUUCCACCACUUCGUGGAGCAGUGCCUUCAGCGCAACCCGGAUGUCAGGCCAAGUGCCAGCACCCUCCUGAACCAUUCUUUCUUCAAGCAGAUCAAGCGACGUGCCUCAGAGGCUUUGCCUGAAUUACUUCGUCCUGUCACCCCCAUCACCAGUUUCGAGGGCAGCCAGGCUCAGGAUCACAGUGGAAUCUUUGGCCUUGUAACAAACCUGGAAGAACUGGAGGUGGAUGACUGGGAGUUCUGAGCCUCUGUGGACUGUGCAUUCUCCAGGCCAGACAUGGGAGCCUCUGCAGGCCUUUCCUGAGGGCUGGCUCCAUUCCCACCCUCCUGGAUGCAGACUGGGUAGGAAGGACGUGUCUGCCAGGAGAGUUGGCUGCUUUCUGAAUGGAGAGAAAUUCCUGGAGAGAGAUUGCUUCAUUGCUCCAAGGCUUUUGAGACACAAGGGAACAACCAGGGUUGGGGGUGGGGGGAAUAGAACACUGACAUUCCCAGUUCUGCGAGCUCAGAUGGCUUCAGAAGGGAGAGAUGUUGCUGCUCUGGCCCUGGGGGCUGAAGUCCACAUCCAGGGUUUGACUCAUCAGCCCAGGGAACUGUGUGACCUCCUCUUCCCAUCUCUUGCUCCCCUACCAGCCUAAUUCCAUUCUUUUCCUGUGCAGCUUGCCCCCUUCCCCUCAGACUUCUCUCUAAUGGUGGAAGGGAAGGAUAUUUUUCCCUUUUAAGCACCAGGUUAAGGCUGGGGCAGUGCAUCUUUGUCCCUUGGGACCUGACACCUAAAACCUGGAGCUUUGCUUCCCGUAAUCCAUCUGUGUAGAUCAUUCCUUUCCCACCAAGAAUCCAUCCUAACUCCUACCAGCUGCCUUGGUGCUUUCUCCAAGGGCCCUAAUGUCUUACUUGGCUUGAGGGCUGAAGUCCUUAUUCUGUGUGUUACAUUAAUUUGUCAGAACAAAUUAAAAUCUUCAUUGAAUCCA